AUGGCGCUGGAAGCGGCGAUCUACUCGCAAGACCCCUUUGGUUACCCACCAUUAUUCAAGGAUUACUAUGGUUAUAAUGGCUUCCACCAACAACAAGAAGAUGAUCAGGGUGCCAUCAACAGAUCGCCGCCCCUCGUCAUCCUCGACGACAAAAUAUUAAUGUUCAACGAUUCCACCACCACUACUUCUCCACCACCGCCUACGCAGCAGCCGAUUCAUGGAAUUACGAGCAGCUACUACUGCUGGGAGGAUUGUUUUUACUCCCCCGAGCCCUGCACUAACGCCUUCGACGACGUCGCAUUUUUCAACCCGCCACCUGUGACGGCGUCCGCAUCCGUUGCCCCCGCACGGCGGAAGCGGCAGCGGACCAAGAACGCGAGGAACAGAGAGGAGGUAGAGAGCCAGAGGAUGACUCACAUCGCGGUGGAGCGCAACCGCAGGAAGCAGAUGAACGACUACCUCGCCUUGCUUCGCUCGCUCAUGCCGCCUUCCUACGUUCAAAGGGGAGACCAAGCUUCGAUAAUUGGAGGAGCAGUUAACUUCGUCAAGGAGCUGGAGCAGCUGCUGCAGGCUAUGGAAGCUCAGAAAGCGGCUAAUCAUCAUCAACAACACGACGAUGAUGAGGGUCAUGAAAAAUUGGCUAAUAACGGCCUUUCGUCGUUAUUUUCCGACUUCUUCGCCUUCCCGCAAUACUCAGCUCGAAAGGUUAUUCAUUCGCCGGCGGACAGUUUGGGUGGUGUAGCCAGAGAGGCGGCGGUUGGAGAGAUAGAAGUGACGAUGGUGGAUUGUCACGCUAACGUCAAGAUUCUGUACCGGCUCAGAUCAAACGGUUCUCUACUCGCUUAG